UCCACGGUAGCUGCAUUUUCUCUAUCUCUGAUGUUCUUUCUUCUAAUUUUUUAAAAUUUAUUUAACUCUUCUGUAUUUGUGCAUUGACAGAAAGUAAUACUGUCAUGCAGGAAAAGGAAAUGGAUGGGCAGAAUCAGGAAGAACAUUCCGUUUUUAUUUUUAUGUGUAUUGGAAGAACAAAACCACAAUGUUAUCAAUACUGUGUUUUGCAGGCUUCCUGCUUGAAGAAUGGAUGUUCUUGCAAAAAUGAGCCUGGCACGAAGAUUCUUAUUUGAUUUUGGAAUGAAGCUUCUCUAUGGAAUUCAUGAGGGUGAAGAUCUAAGCAUAAGAAGAAACAAGCAUAUGCUACACAACUAUAUUGUUGAUAUUGAAGAUCCAUGCUUAGAUACAGAUGUAGAAGGUAUUCGGGUGCAUUGAGCAGUGCUCCUUGGGUUUUUCUUUUUUUUUUUUUUUCUUUAAUUUUUUAUAAUAUCAAGAAAGACAUCAUUGAUAAUUACCUUUCAGGAAAGAAAUGGUGGGUAUGCUGCAUGCCAUUUCAACACCAUUCUUAGAAACCUUAGUUUGUCUUGCUUUCUGUUCAGCAUGUAAAAUUGUCAAAUUGAAUGAAUCAACAACAUAUUA